AUGGCUCUCUUGGAGAUGUCUCUGAAUAUUCAGGAAACCGAGGCUACGGGCCGCAAGAGAAGCCAUGAUGAGUUCGCAGGGGAGACCGUCAAGGUGGAGGACUCUGAAGAUACCAAGAUGCAGACUUGCAGCCAGCCCGAGGGCGAAUGCAGUCUACCCUCCAUCGCUGUAACGGGCACCCAAUCCACCUCACAGGCGACACCAGAUCUUACCGAGGCCGGCAGUAGCACUCCCACCCGAAAAUCUCCGUCACCCCAGACACCGGUCAAAGGCCAAACCUUACUAAAGCCAAUGGUAAUUGGAUCCGCAUCGAAGUCGCCAGUGAACCCACCGAAGCGAAAGAAGUUGACUCCUGCCGAAAAGGAGGCUCGUGAAAAGGAGCUUGCAAAGCAAAAGGAAGAGCGUGAAGAGAAGGCAGCCAUUCGAGCUGUCGAGAAAGCCAAAGCUGAAGCGGAAAAGGCAGCCAAAGCUAAAGAACGUGAGGAGAAGAAACGCGAGAAGGAGGAAGAAAAGAAGGUGAAGGAUGAGGAGAAGAAGAAGAGGGACGAGGAGAGAAAGAAAAAGGACGAGGAAAAGAAGCGAAAGGAGGAGGAGGCAGAGAAGAAGGCUCGCCAGCAACGAACACUCGGCUCUUUCUUCAAGGUUUCCAACACCCCUAAGAAGGCUGAUGACAGUGCCAACGCCAAGAACGGCACAUUUCGAGACGGAAGCCCCGUCAAAGGUGUCAGUCAGGUGUCAAAGUCAGAGUACGAGAAGUUGUUCAAGCCAUUCUUCAUCAAGGACAGCACAACAGUGGCCCCCGUUGGACCCCGGAUGGACGACGAAACACGCCAAGUCAAGUCAAAGAUCGUGGACGAAUGCAUUGGUGGUCAGCGUGCUGAAGAGCUUCAAAAGGAUGCUUCAUUCGACCCUGUGCAUCUGUUUGCCUUGCCCGGCAAACCCCGAAAGCGAGGCAAGCUCCAUCACCCUGUUAGUCACAUUAUGGAACACGUCUACAAGGAGACAGAGAAGUCGGACAAUUCUGGAGCAGACAACGCCGAUAAGAUCAUGCGAGAAGCCCGCGAGAAGCUGUCCAAGGUGCCUAUGAAGGUGAUUGCCUUUUCACAAGAUGUUCGGCCCCCUUACUAUGGAACUGUUACUUUGAAGACGUUCGCUCUUGGCAAGGACAACAUCAGCCAACUGGCUCGCAAGCCAACAAGAAGAGGACUGCCUCUGGACUACGAUUAUGACUCGGAAGCCGAAUGGCAGGAGGAGGAAGGAGAAGAUCUGGACGUUGACGAUGACGAGGAGGAGCUCGAUGACGAGGAUGACAUGGAAGGAUUCCUCGACGACUCUGAAGAUGCUGGUCUAUCUCGACGGCUUUUUGCCAACACAUUGGAACCAGAGAGCACUGACCAGGUACUAACUGACGCAAGUGGUGAUGCGCCUAAGCUCGUCAAGUCAGAGCUCAUGGAUGACGUGAAGCGGGCGAUUCUUGACAACAAGGCGUUAUCCAAGGUUGGAAUCAUUGACUUUGUGUUUCAUCUUUUCCGAGAGCACGUAUCUCGAAUAGAGGUGAAGAACACGAUCGAACUCGUGGCAGAGAAGACCGGCAAGGGUCGCUCUAAGGAGUGGGCACUGAAGCACGGUCACGAGAUUGUCUCGUGA